AUCAUGCAGCAUGUCUCUGCAUCUUUCAUGUUUAAGAAUAAGAAUCUUGAUGGUGUGAUACUUGAUAAGGCAAGGAUUGUAGAGGAUUCUCCUGACUUGACUAUGAUAAAUGUCUGCGCUAACUCUCUUACUGCUUUGUUGAGGGAGAAUAGUUUGCCCUGUUUUGCACUUGCAAAUGGCUUAUAUUAUGGUGAACUCCUGACAUAUUUCAAAGACUUAACCUGGAUUGAACAGAAAAUCUGCACGAUAUACAGUACCACUGCAUAUGUGACACGCUUGUUUCAGUCAUCAGAUCUAUUGCAGCCAAAAGUUUUUUAUGGUGACAUUUGCACUCAUGACAUGAAUGUUAUAUCCACUGUGUUUGUGUUGCCUCGGACUCCUGCGGAUGUAAAUGGAUUUCUCUGCAUCAUUUUUGUUAGUCCUGGUAAAUUCGAGUCCGACCACUUGAACUGA